AUGUCGACCAGAGGACGGUCCAUCUCCCCAAAGCCUUUGCAAGAUGCCGAUGUAGACAUGGAGAAUGGGGGAAACGAUGACAAGAAGUGCAAAGUAGUUGUCAUAAACGGUCUGUCUCGCAACGUCGUGCAAGCCCAUCUACAAGCCAUUUUCGCGUUAUAUGGAGAAAUCGUGAAGAUUGACCUUCCACUCUUCCUGAAAUCCGGCCAGAAUCGAGGAAAGGCUGCUCUUGAGUUCACAGAUGCAGUUUCCGCCCAGAAAGCCGCGUCACACAUGAAUGGUGGUCAACUAGAUGGUUUGGUCGUGAAAGUCGAGUUAUCUGAUCUCCCAAUCCGCACCCGUUCUCGUUCUCGUCCACGUCCUCCACGCAAUGGUCGUGAAAGGCGCUCACCGUCCCGGUCGCGCUCCCGCUCUCGUUCACCGGCGUUCCGUCGGAGAGGUUAUGAACCUUCUCGUUUCAAUGAAUCCUUCCGAGGAGGCAGAGGUGGUUUCGGGCGUCGUGGACCUCCCGGCAGGGACACAUACCGUCCUUCUCGAUCACGUUCCCGCUCGCCUAUCAGGCGUGGGGAUCGCUUGCCACUCAGACGGAGGUCUCCAAGUUACGAGCGCGGAGGGACUGGGUAUGCGCGCAGGGGUCGAACCCGCUCAAGGAGCUACUCGGUGCGCUCCAGUCGCUCUCGUUCACGCACUCCUUCUAGGUCUCGUUCUCGUUCUGCAUCCUACUCCUCUUAUUCGCGGUACAGUCGUAGCAGAACUCGUUCAAGGUCUCCUAGCCGCGGAAGGAGAAGUUACAGUCGGGAUGACAUCAGAGACAGCAGGUCUAGAUCUCCAGUGUAA